GGGUUUUUUUGUUUUUUUUAAUUAACCCUGAACCACAUCCUGGCCGUUCUUCUUAACCCCUGACAGGUUGACGUCAAUGAUCUGAGGGCACUUUAUGUGAAGUGUUGGCAGUGGCUGUAUUUCCUGGGGCCCAGAGAGUGUGUGUGUCACCUGGAAGUAGCUGUUGUUGCCCCCCUUGCCUCGGGGCUCCUAGACUAGACUAGACCGUGCCGGACCUAACCCUGUCCAGGGAGACUCAUGGCAACUAAUGCCGAGCACCCAAGCACGGGCGUCCCAUCCAUCCACUCGCCAACCCAGAGGAGGGUUGUGAACAAGUGAGGCACCAUCCACCCCCACCCAUAAUUGGAAGCGAGUGAGUGAGACUGCACGGGAAGGGGCCGGACUCAAUCCCGCUCGACUGGAUCACUUCGCGUUGAUUGACCACAUACAACAACAACAACAACAACAACCCGAGACCGCUCUCUCGAUUCAACUGGUGUCAAAGCCUUUGAUCCCGCUCGGCAAAAAAAAAUCACUUCUGCUGUUCUGCUUUUGGUUCUGCGGCGGCUGAAUGAAGCCCGGACAACAAGUGCCUGGCGGUGGCGGACACCGGGUUUGUUCACCCUGAGCACGCGUAUUCUGGAGGGGGUGUGAAGCGCCGAAUGAACCGAGAAAAUGGUUACCAUGUGGUCUCUCUGGAACUUCCCACUGCACGCAGUUCUUCUGCUUCUUCGAUGUGGACAAGCACAAUGCACUACAAUUUGUGACAAUCUACACUGUGUCAAUGACUACAUAGAAAACAUAACAUGCACCUGGAGAGUUGAUGCAUCUCCGAAGCCUGAUGUUUCAUAUCAUCUUACUGCAACAAUGCAGGGAGAAACGAUAUCCUGCAGUCUGAUGGCUACCUCGUGUUCUGAUGGGGGCAAAGGUUUCGCUGAGUGCAGCUGUCAACUCUACCAAUUUUAUGGGAUUUCACACGAGACGUACAGCAUGAACAUGAUGACCAAGAGCAAGGAGGUCGUGAACAGCAGUGAGGACUGUCCUGACUUUAACACAAUGGAACACAUUAAACUUAUUGCACCGUUCAAUCUCAACGUCUCACACGUACCUCCCUGUGGGACGUACAACUUCACUUGGCAGAUGGUCUACGACAAUCAUUAUUACAUUGAUAAAUUUGAGUACAAGCUGAGAUACGAGAGGAUGCAAGAUAACUCGGAGCUCCAGAAAGUCAAGUACAAAAGAAACGACCAGCAGUGCCUCCAGCUGGACUCCUCGGAGCUGGUGGGGGGCAAGGAGCACGUGGCUCAGGUCUGCAGCCGGCCCGCCUUGGGCACUGAGUAUCAUGGGACCUGGAGUGACUGGAGUCCCCCGGUGAAGUGGAGAACAGAUUUGUGCAAACCCGAUCUUGUCCCGGAUGCUCAGAUGCUGAUUGUGUGCGGGGUAAUAGCCAUGGCCUUCGUUUUUGUCACUGUGAUGAUGAUCAAUAAACGUGAAAGACUGUGGAGGAAGCUAUGGGUGAUUACUCCUGACCCAGAACCAUUCUUCAAGCCGCUGUUUGUGGAGCAUGGAGGAAACUUCACGAAGUGGGUCAAUGCUCGAUAUCCGGACGCACUGUAUGACGUCAAUGCGAAGAAUGCGAUGAUGUUGGAGAAGAGUGAUGCGGUGCAAGUCUACGACGGACGCUACGCCCUUGACAAGGCAUCGACGAUGGGAUUGAAACCCAAGGAGAAGCAGUCGGACAUCCAUUCCUCGUGGCAAGCCUUAUGCGGCCCGUGCUCCUGUACCUCCGCUCACUCCAGGGGCCAGUUUGGGAGCAACAACCAACAAUGGAAGGAUAAGUCCUACGGCCGGGUGUCCAUUGACACGGUGACGGUGACUGACGAGUCCUCUUGUUCCCGUUGCAAACAGAAGGAUAACCCGGUCAGACCACCCUACACCACCCAAUGUAACAGUAAUCCUGUGCAGGAGACCCCCAAUGGGCAGGACUAUCCCCCCAGCAAGCAAUAUUUCAAUCAGUUGUACCCACUUACGCCGGGAACACCUGAGCUCGGCGCCAAUGCCUCACCGCUAAACGAGAUGAUGUCCCUGUUGCGGCCCUUCGCUGGCCCCGAUCCAACAGAUGGCGAUGUUCUCGAUCUUCAAUGCCUCAACAUAGGUGACUGGGACCCAGAGAACGAGACUUUCUCUUUAAACGGUGAAGGUGCCUCUUGGGCUGAUAGAAACGUAAGUGAGGGUGGGUCGUGGAGCGAUAGGAGUCUGGAUGCCAUCUCCUCCUGCAGCAGGUUGGAACCGGACCUCGCUUAUCCUAAGAUAUUGCUGGAUUUGGACACCGUUGAUAGUGGAUUCACUGAGACUGAUCCCUGUUUUAUGACCCCUGGUGACUUGGAAUGUAAUGAUGAGCUGCGAGCCGACGGGGUUGAGUUUGGGAAAGAGCCAGAUGAUAACAGCCUCACCAACUCAGAGGAGGGACAGCAGUAUUACCGGAGCUACGUCAAGCAGUGGGUGAAGUCCCCGACCACCGCUGUGAACUACCCUCCUCAGGGGUAGCCCUGGCCAGCCCCUAACCCUUGACCAAGCACAGCAUAGCCUGUGAGAACAUCAUCCGAACAGCACCAUGGGGGGGGAGCGAGUCGACCAUUGAAUGACGAUGGUUGCCAUGUGCGUUAACUAUGAACUGAUUCUAAAUGAUAUACAGGGACGUGCAUCCCUUCUUACACUGGUUUGUUAAGACAAUCCACCUCGUACCAAGCAUACCUGCUGUUCCCCAACAGUGUGAUUUUUGACUAGACGUUCCUACCUGUGUCCUACUUGGAACAUUUUCUAAUCACCUCAAUCUUCAAAUCCUCUAAUAUACCUCACCCCCAACGCUGUCAAUAGAUUUUAGUUAACAAGGGAAAUAAAUAAACUUAUUCGCAAGCAU